UUCGAGGUCAAACGUCAAAACCGCAGUGUUUUCGUUUUGUUCAUUUUGUGAGAGAAAAAAGGUGCUCCACGGAAAAUUCAGGAAAAUCAGAGCAAAAUGUCGAAUCCGGAGACCACACAAGUGAUGUCCUUGCCCCUUCCACCUGCCAACUAUGUGAAUCUCUACUCAGACGAGCACAUACGGAAGAAUCGCGCCCCAAAGCCACCGAUGCCCAUCCUCGAUACCUAUUCCAUGUUUGGGAUUCAACAAUUCAACAAUGACGACAACAUCAUCCGCCCCCUGGAGACACAGGGCUUCCGGAGGCUCUACCCGCAGCACUUUGAUCGCAAGAAGGAGCUGAAGAAGCUCAAUCACUCCCUACUGGUGAACUUCCUGGAUCUCAUUGAUUUUUUGGUGCACAAUCCAGACAAUCCUCGUAGAGCAGAAAAGAUUGAUGAUCUGAGCUUACUCUUUGUCCACAUUCAUCACCUCCUGAAUGAAUUUCGCCCCCACCAAGCACGGGAGACUCUCCGUGUAAUGAUGGAAAUGCAGAAGAGGCAACGCAUUGAAACAGCUCACAGGUUCCAGAAGCACCUGGACAGAGUACGAGAAAUAAUCAAGAAUGCCUUCAGUACGGUUCCGGAUCAAACGGACGAGGACAAUAAAUUGCUCACCGUACCCGUUGAAUUGAUGGAUUUCACCAAUGAAAAUGCCACCAGCGAGAGCAAUCAGGAUCACUGCCAUCCCCUUGAUAGACUAAUGUGCAGUAUUGUUGAUAACAUGUAGAAUAAUUUAUCUGAAAAUUCAGUAUAAUAUAAUUUAAAUUAAGAAAAAGGUU